AUGUCAAACAUAUCAUGGGCAAGCAAUAUAUGGAAAUUGCUAAGGGUAGAUAUCAAUGAAGACAAAUGGAAGAGACCUAUCUCCAGCAGUGAGCUAAAUAAGAAGAAUAAGGAGUCCAUUACUAAACAAUUGUUUAUUGUAGUCACCCGAUCUGAAGAAACGGAUGCCGAAGACUCCAUAAAACACAAACACAAACAUAGAUCCAGAGUGCAUAAAAUCAUACGCCGUUUAGAAAGGAAAUAUCCAGACAAACCAAUACGAGGAAGCUACGUGGACGUAUCAGACAUAACUUUGAAUAAAAACUUUAAAUUCGUUAACAAUACUGUCAUUUUAAAGUCACAAGGAAGACAAAAAUAUAUCUGCUAUGUUUGUACCAAGAGAUUUAAUAAUGCUUUUGACAUGUACAAACAUAGAGAUACUCACGAUGAACUCGACGAUUUUAAAAUACCUACAAAGAUAGAAUCUCCCACUCACAAAAGAAUUAAAAAGAUCUUUAAACAAUUCAGUAAUCAAGAGGCAAAUAUACCAGAUGGUGGUCUAGGGAAAAAUAAUAAAACACAAAAUGUUACACAAGAUGGUAAAACUAAAGAUACUCGAAAAGUUGAAUCAUUAAAAAUACAUCUUAAGACUCAGGAGGUAGAUAAAAUCCAAACAACUGAGUCAAUAGAAAACAGCAAGCCACCAAAUGAUAUAGAUGACAACAAAACUGAAGAUAAUAGAAAAGUCGAAGCACUGAAGAUUAAUCUUAGUACUCGAGAGGUAGAUAAAAUCGAAAACAUUGUGCCAGCAGAAGACAACAAACCACCAAAUGAUACAGACGAUAACAAAACUGAAGAUAAUAGAAAAGUCAAAGCACUGAAGAUUAGUCUCAGUACUCAAGAGGUAGAUAAAAUCAAAAACCUUGUGCCAGUAGAAGACAAGGAACCACCAAAUGAUACAGAAGACAGCAUAACUGAAGAUAAUAGAAAAGUCGAAGCACUGAAGAUUAAUCUCAGCACUCAAGAGGUAGAUAAAAUCAAAAACAUUGUGCCAGUAGAAGACGAGAAGCCACCAAAUGAUACAGAAGACAGCAAAACUGAAGAUAAUAGAAAAGUCGAAGCACUGAAGAGUAAUCUCAGUACUCAAGAGGUAGAUAAAAUCGAAAACAUUGUGCCAGCAGAAGACAACAAACCACCAAAUGAUACAGACGAUAACAAAACUGAAGAUAAUAGAAAAGUCGAAGCACUGAAAAUUAAUCUCAGCACUCAAGAGGUGGAUAAAAUUAAAAACAUUGUGCCAGUACAAGACGAGAAACCACCAAAUGAUAUAGAUGACAGCAAAACUGAAGAUGAUAGAGAAGUCGAAGCACUGAAGAUUAACCUCAGUACUCAAGAGGUAGAUAAAAUAAAAAACAUUGUGCCAGUAGAAGACAUGAAACCACCAAAUGAUACAGAAGACAGCAAAACUGAAGAUAAUAGAAAAGUUGAAGCACUGGAGAUUAAUCUCAGUACUCAAGAGGUAGAUAAAAUCAAAAACCUUGUGCCAGUAGAAGACACGGCACCACCAAAUGAUACAGAAGACAGCGAAACUGAAGAUAAUAGAAAAGUCGAACCAAUGAAGAUUAAUCUCAGGACUCCAGAGGUAGAUAAAAUCAAAAACAUUGUGUCAAAAGAAAACAGUAAGUCGCCAACUGAUACAGAAGACAGCAAAACUGAAGAUACUAGAAAAAUCGAAGCAUUAAAGAUUAAUCUCAGUACUCAAGGGGUAGAUAAAAUCGAACACAUUGUGCCAGUAGAAGACAAGAAUCCACCAAAUAAUAUAGAAGACAGCAUUACUGAAGAUACUAGAAAAAUCGAAGCAUUAAAGAUUAAUCUCAGGACUCCAGAGGUAGAUAAAAUCAAAAACAUUGUGUUAAAAGAAAACAGUAAGUCACCAACUGAUACAGAAGACAGCAAAACUGAAGAUACUAGAAAAAUCGAAGCAUUAAAGAUUAAUCUCAGUACUCAAGGGGUAGAUAAAAUCGAACACAUUGUGCCAGUAGAAGACAAGAAUCCACCAAAUAAUAUAGAAGACAGCAAAACUGAAGAUACUAGAAAAAUCGAAGCAUUAAAGAUUAAUCUCAGGACUCCAGAGGUAGAUAAAACCAAAAACAUUGUGUCAAAAGAAAACAGUAAGUCACCAACUGAUACAGAAGACAACAAAACUGAAGAUGCUAGAAAAGUUGAAGCAUUAAAGAUUAAUCUCAAAACUCCAGAGGCAGAUAAAAUUAAAAACAUUGUGUCAAAUGAAAACAGAAAGUCACCAACUGAUACAGAAGGAAGUAAAACAGAAGAUGCUAGAAAAGUUGAAGCAUUAAAGAUUAAUCUCAGGACCUCAGAGGUAGAUAAAACCAUAAACAUUGUUCCAAAAGAAAAGAGUAAGUCACCAAAUUAUCCAAAAGACAGCAAAACUGAAGACAUCCGGAAAGGUAAAGUGGUAAAGAAAAUAUAUCGUAAAAGAAAAAGACUAGUUGUAAAUGUAAUAAGAGAUAAAACUACUGAAAAACUUUUAGAAAACAUGGAAAGUCGGACAGACAUAGAAGAUAAGAAUGAAGCAUCUGAAGUAGAAAGAAACUUAAGGGACAUUUUCAGGGAACUAGUAUCUGAGAUUAACAGUGGUACAUAUAAUACAGAAUUAGAGACUAGUUUUGUAAAAAGAGUGAAGAGAAUGGGAAGUGAUAAUUUUUGCAGUAGUUCAAAUUUAGAUGAUAUUGGUGACUUAAAAGAAUGCUUUUUCAAAGAACAGAAAUAUAAGGGCGAGGUUGCAACUGCAAAUAAAAAUGAUUCAGAGACUUCGCAGAAUUCUAUACAAAAGAUGAAAGAAAGUCAACCAAUCAAUGUUUGUCAUACUUCCACUUUAGAUAAAUCUGACUUAAAGAAAAGUUCUUUAAAACGGUCAGAAUGCAAGAGUAAGGGUACAACUGCACAUAAAACUGACUCGGGAACUUCAAAGAAUGGUAUAGAGAAGAGGAAAGAAAAUCAACCAAGCAAUUUUUAUCAUACUUCCACUUUAGAAGAAUCUGACUUAAAGAAAAGUUCUUUCAAACGGUCAGAACGUAAGAAUAAGGGUACAAUUGCACAUAAAACUGACUCGGGAACUUCGAAGAAUGGUAUAGAGAAGAGCAAAGAAAGUCAACCAAGCAAUUUUUAUCAUACUUCCAUUUUAGAAGAAUCUGACUUGAAGAAACGUUCUUUAAAACGGUCAGAACGUAAGAAUAAGGGUACAACUGCACAUAAAGCAGACUCGGGUACUCAGAAGAAUGGUAUAGAGAAGAGAACAGAAAGUCAACCUAAAAAUUCUUAUCAUACUUCCACUUCAGAAGAAUCUGGCUUGAAGAAAAGUUCUUUCAAACGUUCAAGACGCGAGAAUAAUCGCACAACUCUAUACAAAAUUAAUUCACAGACUCCCAAGAUCUGUAUAGAGAAAGUGAAAGAAAGUAAUAGUGACAAUUUUGAAGAAUCUUCAAUAACUAAUGUAAGACAAAAGACCAAAAAGACUGAAUCAAUAUAUGUUAACCGAGAAUCAAACAGAAGAUAUUCUAGAUAUAGUUAUGAUGAUUGGUUAGCUUUUGAAAGCAAAAAUAUGGCAAAUACGGAAUCGAUGAAUGUUAAUGAAGACCAAUGGUUAGCUUUUGAGAGUAAAAAUAUGGUAAAUACGGAAGCAGUGGACGUUACUGAAGAUCAAUCUAACAAUGAUUAUUCAAACGAUAAUGAGGCUCUCACAGAAAUAGUUUUAGAGAAAGGGGGUAUUGAAAAGCCUGAAACAAUAGAAGAUGCUGUUGAAGAAUCAAAUAACGAUUGUGCUCUAAGUAGUGAAGACUGUUCUGAGUCAGCUUUUGACAAUGAAGAUAUUUUUGGGAAUGGAGAUAUUUUGGAAAAUGAAGAUAUUUUGGAGAAUUUAGAUAUUUUGGAGAAUAUAGACAUGUUGGAGAAUGGAGAUAUUUUGGAGAUCUUGGUUCCUGAUAUCGGCCAAGAAGAGAUUGUGCAAAUCGACAAUGAUACUGAAGAGGAGCUAGAGACUGACGAUAAAGAACCAGAAGAACCUGGAGAUAUACGUUCUUUUAAUGGGCCUAUAGAAGUCGUAGACCGUAACGAGUAUCUCAAAUUGAACGAAGGUGACAUUAAAAGUGUGGAGACUGUUCUUGUUCUGACUAAUAAUGAUGGUCAGGUGGUGGACAUGAGUUAUCUUCAACCGUAUGAAUCAGAAAAAGAUAAUACGAAGGAUAUAUGUAAGAAAACUUCUUCAGUUCAAAGAAAUAUAAAUAAUAAUCAAGAGAAAGAGAGAAAAACUUCUUCAGUCAAAAAGAAGGGACGGCCGAAAGAGUUCGUCAGUUCAAAGCAUAACUUCAAGUGUCAGUCUUGUGGUAUUUACUUCGAAAAUUUCAAAAACUUCGUGUACCAUUCAUUCGUCAGUCGAACAGACUGCUUAUAUUACUGUAAACGUUGUGACAGGGAGUUUUCAAAUGCCAAAGAUCUUUGCCGUGAUAUCUGCAGGCAUUCUUAUAGCUACAACUUUUUUAGUUGUUGCUUUUGUUCACCGACAAAGAGUAAACACUUCAAUUCGUUUGGGGAAAUUCGGUCACAUUUGAUCAAACAUCAUAAGUAUGAUAAAAGUAACAUGGGCUCUGUUGCUCUGUUAAAGAUGUACUAUAGCAAUAGACCUUUCAAAUGCCAAAUACACGUUUGCAAGAAAUGUUCUUAUAUUUUUGAAACCCUGCACAGUUUGCGAUUGCAUAAAAUAGAUUGCGUUAAACCUAACUCUUCCAGUAAAGAUAAGAAAAAGAAAGAAGAUAGUCGAGAUAAGGCAACACCUUCAAGUUCUUUAGGAACUAUUGGUAACGUUGAUCUGGAAAACUCUAUUGAUCUAAGUCAAAAUAAGAUAGUUGUUAUGUUGGAUAAUGUUCCAAUGAUAGCCAAGUUGGAUUAUCGUCCAGAAACGUUAAAAACUGCAGAUACAACUACAGGUUUGAUAGAACAGAAUAAACAAAAAAAGAGAGAUAAUACAUGUAAACAAAAUGCUGCAGAUACAACUACAGGUCCAAUAGAAAGGAAAAAACAUAAAAGGAGAGAUACAAAUACAGGUACAACAGAACCAAACAACAGAAAUAAACAUAAAAGGAAAGAGACAACUACAAGUCCACUAGAACUGAAUAAACAUAAAAGAAGAGAUACAACUAUAUGUACAACAGAACCGAAUAAACAUAAAAGAAGAGAUACAAUUAGAGGUACAACAGAACCGAAUAAACAUAAAAGGAGAGAUACAACUACAAGUACAACAGAAGAGAACAAACAUAAAAGAAGAGAUACAACUACAAGUACAUCAGAAGAGAAUAAACAUAAAAGAAGAGAUUCAACUACAGGCACAAUAGAACCGAAUAAACCUAAAAGAAGAAAUACAAUUACAGAUAUACUAGAACCGAAUAAACAUAAAAUGAGAGAUAAAAAAUUUAAAGAAAAUGUACAAAAACACAAAAAGGUAUCAAAACAGAACUAA